CGUCAGCAGGUCAGCACACGUUUACUCGUCUAGUAGUGAAUAACAUUUGAUCGAGGCUUGACCUGUUUUCAUGGCUCAUCGCUGAGGGACGGCAUGGCUUUACACAACUUGGUGUUUGUUAUCGACGUGGAUUAUGGAGAUCACGAGUCUGUCGAUCAGCUGGAAGUCAGAAACCAUCUAUUGAAACGAGGAUUACUACAAAUAUUGCUGCAUUUCGGCUACAAGUAUGGAUUUGAGAAACUGCGCUGGGGUUAUAAAUUCUUCCAAGGUAAGACUACUCGCAAUGCCAGCUUCAUGUCUAGAGGAUCAGACUUCAAGGAGCUUCUCCACAAAACAUUUGAGGACUUUGAAAUAGAGUUUGACUCCAAGUUUGACAUAAAGGAUAAACUGUGCAGCUCUCAGCAGAAGAAGAAGCAGCAGCAGCAGCAAUGCAAUCAAUCUACAUCAGUUCAAAACGCACUCAAAGAAACCCUGCUGGACUUCCAGUGGGACAGACCGGACAUCACCUCUCCUACUAAACUCUCCCUGAGGCCCAGAAAGUCCAGCCGGCCUGGAAAGCCCAGUGUUGUUUCACAGGAGGAUGAUUUUUUAACAAGCAACGGGAGGAAUGUGGUGUUUGUUGUGUCAGAGUGUCCUCAAACAGAGUCACAACUCAUGAACUACCUCUCUUUGAGAAAGCAUGGCGUUCCUGCUACAGAUGUAUCGGAGCACAUUAUAUCCAGGGGUCUUCACGACAUGCUGGUUCAGAGACAAGUUGUGCUGCACUGGAUUGACAGCAGGUCUCAUGUACAGGUCAUGAAAUGUGAGGACCACCUCGGCUCCAACAAGCUUUCCGAGGUCCUGGCGCAGAUGGGUGGCAAAGUGAUCCCUGUGGUCGCCCUGCUGAACCUCUGCUGCGCUCAGAAAUCAGACUCCAGCUUCAGGAGAGAGAGCUUUACGUUCAGAUCCGGCAUCGAAUACCUGCUGUCAUCUGAAAGGCUGCACCGCAUGGCUUUCCCUGUCACCACGGGAGUUGUGCAGUUGGAGCAAGGCGAUGUGACACAGAGCUGUGCUGUAAUGGUGGAGCCAGUGUCUCGCAGACAGAGGCUUCUCUCAGAGUCCGUGGAAGUCUGUCUGAAAGGAGUGCUUCAGGGCUGGGACGCCUCAUCACUGACACAGACCUCCACAGAGUCAUGGGUGCUCCAGUGCUCCAGCAGCAGUGACCAAGAAGCUGCUGCUGCCUUCCAGCAUCUCCUCAUGGAGCUCUCUGCUCAUGCUCUGCACAUGUUUGCUGAGGUGAGUGACAGCGGCCUGGUCUCCUCAGCGGUCCUCUCCCCCUUGUCACACUUUACUGCUCUGCUCACCGUCCUCCAGCCUCGGAUCACUCAAAACGACCAGCUCCUCACUGCUGACAUCGUUGCCCCGGCCGCAGCUGAAACCUCCUCUGACUUGCCAGAUGUCGUGAGCAGCGUUCUGGGAGUAGUGUACGACAUCAUGGAGGAGGACGGUGACGGUAUCGAUGAUCAGCCAAUCAGCCAUCCUGUUCCAGAGUGGGCCCAGCAGGAACUCGGUCAUUAUCCACUGACAACAGGCGUGUUGGAGAGUUGGUUCCCUCAGUCGGAUCAGUCAGGAGUCAGCCCCCAUUUAAUGGAGUCGUUGAGGUUGCUGCAUGCAGCGCCAGAUCAGAGAGAAGAGGAGGAGUCUGUCUUACAGCAGGAGCUGAUCAGUGAUCUGUCCGAACUGUAUCAGACGUCCCAGGGUGCAGACAAAAAGACGGGCAAGAAACGUGGCGCCCAGCGCACCCCAGUGAAACAGAAGAUGAAGACGAUGAGCCGCUCCUUGCAGAUGCUGAAUGUAGCGCGGCUCAACGUGAAAGCCCAGAAGGACCAGGCCGAGGCCGAGCAGCAGGGGGCGGAGGUCAAGGGGUCGGACAGACAGGGGAAGAAACGGACGAGUGACAGAAACAAAUCUGGAGGAGCCAACGCCAUCAGCUUCACCAGUGAGGCAGAGCUGCUCUCCCAUCUGAAAUCCAGUUAUGAGAAGACCAUAGCAGAGAGAGACUCGUCCCUCAUCACUGGUUCCCAGCAGCUCCUGUCUGCUGUGAAAACCUUCCUAAUGGCAGAAUCCGACCCAGAGGUGAAAACUUCACAGUUUGUCCAGCAGCACCUCCUCAAGACCAGCAAAUCAAUCAGGCAGCUCUAUGGCACAGCCGCUGAUGUUGAGAGCAAAGUUAGAGAGUGUCAGAUACAGGCGUUGUUGAGACUGGAGCUGUGCAGACUGUUCUCCUCUCCAGAGCAGGCUGACUCACUGGAUGCUGAUCAGAUGGCAGAGGAGGUGGCUGAAAUGCUGAGGAUUAUCUCGCUAACAAAAGACCCAGUUUGCCUUGCAAGGUUCCUUCAAGACGAGGUCCUCCCAGGGUUCCUAACAGCUGUCCCCAGGGUGCUCGCGGAUAUCUACCACAGUCUUGGCACUCAGCUCCCCGAGGCCUUGGUGGCUGUUCUGCCUGCUGACUUCUUCAGUGACGAGUCCGUUGCCAAGGACAGCCUUUCUCCUUCGGCCUCCUCGCCUCCCCUUUCCACACACAGCCUGGUUUCAGAUGGCAAAGAUCGUCUGCAGGACCUGAGAAAUCGCUCAGCCAAAAAGAGGAGGAGUGGGAUGCUGACUCGUCAUCGCAGCAUGACUGAAUCAUCGCAGAGUCUACGACAAAUAGAGAUACCUAAAAAGAAUACAAGAACUUCAAAAUCAAAGGUGUCAAAGGUGUGUGUUGCUUUGGAGAAGCGUGUUGAAGAGCCACAACCUCAGAAACAAGAAACACAAGAGGUGACCAAGGUGAGGAGAAACCUGUUCAACCAAGAGAUUGUUUCCCCCUCAAAGAAAGCCAAGCUGCCAAGGAGCCAGUCUGUGUCCGCUGUGGAAGGAGUGAAACGCAAACGAUCUCAGUCUGAAGAGAGACACAAACUUAUAACAAAGAAAGUUUGUGAAACACCGCUCCACAAACAAGUGUCCAGUCGGCUCCUUUAUCGGCAGAAAAUGGGAAGGAGAUCUGACCCAAGUGAGGAAUGCAUUGUGGAAGAAUCUCCAGUAAAACCAGCAGAAGACCUAAGAAGAAGCCCAAGGAUAAAGAAGUUUGCUCGAAGACACUCAACUAUCUUCUAUUCAAGUUCUCAACCUCGCUCCCGAAACCUGGAGAGGGCUCUGUCUGCGUCCCAGCUGAGUCUCAGCGACAGCAAAAUCAGCAACAUUAAUGUAAAAACUGUCCGGUCUCCGAUGCGACUUCUUUUCGGGGCGGCUGAUUCUCCCACUCGUCCUUCUACCUCUGGAGAGUCAACGAGGGCCUCCAGGAGACGACUGUCUACAGACUCCAGUGUCUUUGAGAGUCCAAAUAAAACACCGACAAAGUCACCCAGCAAACGUGGGUGUCAUGGAAACACAUCUCCUCGAACCCCAGGAACCCCAAAAACCCCAACAAGGACGCAUGUUCUCUCAGUUGCAGAGAGCCCCGUCGCAGGCAGCUCUCAUGAGCUUGGUAUGGCUUUGAGAGGCAGUCCUUUCAGAUCUCCAGCCAGAAGGACUCUGGUGGUAGAGACGCCGACAAAACAAAGCCCUCUAGGAAACCAGCUGAAGGGUAUCCUCAGGACUCCGGUUAAAGCUGGGGGUGAAUGUAGCUCUUCAUCUGGAUCACAUUUACUCAACAGUCCAGUGUCCAGGACUCCCAAAAAGAGCGUCACGUGGUCUCCAUCUCCACAAAAAUGUAGAAUGGCGGAGAACGUUACGUUCAAGGUGCCGGAGUCGCCGCACCUUGCAUCUCGCAUUUCUCCAAGACUGCGGAGGUCUCUGAACAUGUUUAGCAGUCCUGUGAAAAGCAGCAACAGCACAUCCGACAUUUUCAAAACUCCAGAAAAGACAACAGGACACAACUUUUCUUGUCACGUAAGUUUGUCAAAGAUUUCGGGAGAUGUACAUACUGUGUUUUUGACGCCAGAAAAAGAUUACAGGUCAUCUGAAGGAUUUGACAACGGGAUGAGAACUCCUGUAAAAGACACUAAAAGUGACAAUCUACUAGAAAACCCUCCUUCACAAUCCACCCCGCCUCCAGACGAUCAUCUCUCACCUAAACUCGGCAGUGCAGCUCAAACCAAGUCUCCCAGUCCCACUCACCAAAUGAUGACUCGCUCUGGACGAACCCCAGGCAAAAGUACAAACAUUGCAUCCCCAUGUAAGCCAGUAUUUAAGCCAGUAGGACAGAGUACAGUUUCAGAGGGAUCAGAUAACGAGGUACAAGCUGACUUCUCGCAAACCUCCGAAACAGACUCGAGUUCCCACACAGACUCUCAGCAGUUUAAAUCCUCACAUUUCAACUCCCCCACCACAGACGACGAGAGUAUCGAAAUUGUCAAUGCGGCAGUUGUCAAGACCCAGUUUAGCGGGGGGCUCAAGAUGAAUAUCAGCUUUUCACGGAAGCCUUCGAAGUCUAAUGAAGAGUUUUUGUCAGACAUGGCGGCCUCUCCUAAACCAGGUGUGCCACCACAAGGCGCAUCUGGGCGAAGCUACGGUUUCCGGCAAACCCCCGACCGCCAACAGAGGGAGGCUGCUGCUCGUUUGGGGUACGCUAACGACUCUCCUCGAUUUUCAACCCCGAGAGGCCUCUCCAGGCUAAGUCGGCAAACGGGUACGAGUACACCGAACCCUCUGACGUACCAAGUAGAAAUGGAAAUGCAAACAUCGGGACUGCCCAAACUCAAAAUCAAACGCACAGACUCCAUGAACGCAGGUGAUUUGGUCACUGACGGUCCUCGAUCGGGAGGUCAGAGCCCUUUAGUUGGUGUGAAACCUUCUCAGCUGGAAAGCCCUUUAGCUUUGUUCUCUAGACACAGAGAUCCUGGGUGCGUCUCGCCAUCUCUCUGUACUCACGUCACCCCGGCCAAGAGCACGCCCGGGAAAGGUGGAAGUGUCCAAACUUACAUUUGCCACUCCUACACCCCCACACGCCAUCCUGCAGGACCCACACUGUCUCCUGUGACUGCGGAUAUCAUCCCCCUGUCCCCCUCACCUGUCGGAAAGGUUGCCCCCGACAACCUCAACAGCUGGCCUCGGAGGAAGAGAGCCCAGAUCGGAGUGUUUGGAGGAGGGAAGGAUCGCUGCCUGAAGGGGGAGCCGCUGCUGGAGGAGCUGCUGGAGGAAGCAGAGCUCGGAGUGAGCAGGUUACAAGACACGGAGGACACCGACGAGCCCCCGAGCAACAAAGCUGCAGCGUUAACUCUGACGUCACGACAGUCGCCUCCAGUCGGAGCGGACGCGUCUCCUCUCUCUCCUCGGGAAGACUUGUACUGGAUAGAGAAGCUGGCUCAUCAGGCCGAGUGCACUCAUCCUCAGACCGCUGAAGAAGAAAUGAUGUGGACAGCUGGAAAUGGAGACGUCAAGUCAAUUGCGACUCCUCCCAGCUCCAGCAAAGCGAGGAAGCCGGUGACAGCGAGUGGGAUUUUGGCCCUCACUAACUCUCCGCUGUUGUUCAAGGGCAGAACCGGUUCUGCUAGCAAGAGAACUCCACGUGGUAAAGAUGAAGCUGCAUCAGAGAGGAGGAUGGAUGUUGACGUGGAGGUCUCUCCCUUCAGUCAGCCGAUAAGACGCUCAAACACAGCGGGGAAAAGCUACAGCAGGAAGAGGCUGCUCCCCUGAACCACCAUCAUCCAUCCAUCCGUCCAUCCAUCAUUCGGCAAGCAGAGCGAGAAACAAAUCAGCUCAUUCUCUGUUUUAAAUGUGAAGUUUUGAGACUUUUUGUCAGGAGUGCUUUUGAUGGCAGAUCUGAAAGAUGUCUUUUUAAGAACCGCUUCAAAGGUUUGUUAGAUGAAUGUCCCUUUCAGACUCCUCCGCCAACACUUUCCCCUCUGACAUUUUCUCCUCUCACCAGCAGCUUGUGUUUUAUAUCUGGACAUUUUUAAGACUUACAGUUUUAUAGGUAAGUUUUACACUGAGGUUUUAAGCUCUUGAAGAGUUUCAGUUUAUUAAAAAUGUCCUUUAG